UUUCUUUCUCCCUUUCACUCUGCGCGCGCGCUCUCUCUCUCUAGUGGCGACUGGCGACGACUAGGCGUCGUGGGCGACCGCCGCGCCUCCCUACGCCAAGUGCCGAGGUCUCCGUCGGGCCCUUCGCCGGCGACGAGCACCCACCAGUUGUGUGAUUUCUCACCGCUUGCUCGCGAUGCUGCAAUGGAUGGGCGGUUCGAGGAGGAAGGUGUACGCCGUGAGUAUCCACAUUUCUACCUUAGAUUUGUGUUAUACUUCACGGUUCACGGCACUUAAAUCUGGUCCAGGAAGUCAACACAGAGCAGACAGAGGCAGUACUUCGAACAAAAGCGACGGCAACAGCAGCGACCAGAGCUGCAGUAUCAGGAUGGCGUAGCAGGGGAUCAAGCUUCACAUGAUCAACAGCAUCGAUCACUUGAUGUUCGAAACAUCAAUGAUCUGGCAACUCCAAACAAUCAUCAUAAUGGAUCCACAAAUAUAGAGGGAGCUAUUCCACAAGUGGAUUGCACUCUUUCAGACGCUUCUCCUAAAGAGGCGAUGAAGAUGAUCACUUCUUUAUGCAAUAUCAACAUGACGGAAGCAGGCUCUCAACCAAGAUUGUCUUCACCCUUUGGUCAUCAAGAUGUUGCAGCAGCUGUUAAUUAUCAUGAAGAUCCUCUUGGUUGUAAAAUGUCCCCAUCCAUAAACUAUAGCACCAGGCAGAAAAAUCAAAAUCUGGAACUCCAAAGUGAAAUUUCACUCAUUGAUUUGGUCAGUUACGAGGGAUCAAAGAAUACGUCGACCGCACGACCUGUCCAUGAGCCUCAUGUUUCAUUUUCUGUUAAAGGCCUUGGUCAUAUCAAGAUGGAAACGCCUCCGCAUUCACCACGACCAGCCAAAAGGGUUUUACCUUUACCUCCAAAGCCCACGCGGCUCCUACAUAAAGCAAAGCGAUCUAUCCCAUUUGAUGUCACAAAGGCAUUGGAUUCAAUUACCAGUAUCAAGAUGCUGAAGGAGCGAAGACCAUCAGCAAAAAUGGGCAGUAUAUUGGAGGAAACUGACUAUGAAAGGAGGGAACAGUUUAACUGUUAUUUACCGGAUUCAUCUAAGAGCCUUAAUGCUGACCUCUAUGUUGAGGACGAGGACAUGUUUUACGAACCUCAAGCUGAAAAAGAUUGGCAAUCAAAGCAUAAUAGAUCAGAUGGCAAUCUUGCUGAUGAGAAUUAUGAUGGACUCUGGAGGAUAGAUCAGUUUAAUUCAGAGGAUCAUCUUCCUACUCAAAGAGAGAAACAUUUUGAUAUAAGUGACUAUGGAUUUAAAGAUGGAUACUCUCCAGAGCGAAGAAACUCAACAAGAUCUAGCACAGUAUUUGAGAAUACAGGAAUUCCAUCCUCACACGAUCUUUUUUCUGAUCAUUCAUUGAUGGAUGAUGAGGGCACUGAACUUUUCAAGUGGGAAAGGCACCCACCAAGUAAGAAAAUAUCCAACUCAAAUAGCGCUUUUGGUCCUUCUGCUUGGUCUUUUGACAUGGCCGAUGAUUCAGAGAAAAGACGGAGCCCAAUAAGUGAAGAAUCAUGCACAUCUGCUGCAGCGAUGAAGGAUAGAACGUGCAAGAAGCCAUCACCAUCAAUGAAGAAUGAGAUGAACAAGAAUGAUGAGUUUCAUAUAAGAUUGGAUAAGCUGGAUAUUCCAAACAUGGAUGCACCUCUUCAUGGGGGGUCACUAUUUAACAGUCCAGAAAAGUUGGAUAGUAAAGAAACAGCACCUCAGAAGAAACUUGAGACAAAUUACUGGUCACAAGGUGUUACUGGGCAGCCAAGAACUCAAGAACCAAGAUGUCGCUUAUCACUUAACGAGAAAUUUUCCAAUUGGGAUUCUCCUACUUCCCAUUUAAAGAGUACCACUGGACUGACUGAUAAAUCGAGUUGCACAAUGAUGCAAAAGGAUAAAUCUUCUUUCAAUGCUGCUCCAGAUUUGAACCUGUAUCAAACUGUGGAGUCAACUGAAAAGAGGCCUGCUUCAAAAGUUCAUUCUAUUUAUCAUGGACCAGAGAAACCUAUUUUUGAAGAUGAAAUUCACUUGCAGCAGCCUGUUUCAGAUAUGUUUCAUGAUAAAAUUGAAUUAUUGAACCCGUUUCAGACCAAGAAUCUCCACAGUGACAUUGAUAUGAGCACUUUCUUUGGACAGAAGGUGGAGAAGAAGCAAGAAGUUAGAUUUCCAAGUUUCAGCAGUUCAACUGCAGACACCUUCUGUGCAGAGAAAGCAGCAAAUUCUGUAAGACAAUCUGUCGAUCGACACGGUACAUGCUCACAGCCUUCUGGCAGGGAUUCAUUUAGGCAUGGAUUCAGUCCUGGUUUCAAUUUCCAGGAGUCAGAACCAAACACGUUUUGGGCGGAUAGCUAUGUUUGCAAUGACACUUUUCAGGCUGGUCUUGAGUUCAGUGGUGUGCUUGCAAGAAAAGAUAGUGAUAAGAAAGAAGUCGAGAUUGAAGCGUCUGAGAAACCAGAUACUAAGAUAUUGACAGAAACAUGUCAGCUCUCUGCAGUUCACAGGAAUGAGAUUAAUGGGACUGAAACAUGUUCUGAUGUCUCAGAAGCAUUCAAUUGUUCUGAAGCACAGAAGAAAACUUCAGCAGUAGCAACACAAAUUCCUGCAAACUUGAGCUGUCUUCAAGGAACCUCAGCAGAAUUGUUCCAAGUUCGUAAUCAUGUCAUACCUUUAAAGAGGGAAAAGAUAGAUAAUCCUGGUGUUAGCUUUGAUGCUUCGAUGCAUUCAAGAAACAAGAUUCACGAUGUUGGAGAUCAUUCUAAACUAAAUGCUAUGUUCCAGUCUCCCUUCAUUGGAGAGGAGAUGGGGAUUGAGAAGAAGAUCGUAGCGAGCGUGUCACCUGACAACAGUGAUGUUCAGUAUCAGUUUAUGCUUGAACAACGUGUUCUCCGGCGGCUUUGUAUUCAGAAGAUAGUGGUGCCUACACCGAUGAAGGACAAGCUACUUAAGGAUACAAACUUUAGGAUAGUGGAGGAUGGAUCUCAUGUCCUUCCAAAAAGCGUCUAACAGAUUCACAUCAGGGCAUCAGGGGAAGGAAAUGACAAUGUAAGGAAGGAACUCGUGAAAUGCAGGAGCAAGCACUUACAUGCGUCUAAGGAGUUCCUCCGUGUACUUUCCCUCAUUUAAGGGCACCUCGCUCUUUUGUAGUGUCUGUUUGAAAAUACUAAUGUUUUCUUCACCCAUUAUUUUUUUAGUGCUGGUUUUCACCAUAAUCUUGCCUCAUUGUAUGCCCUUGGAAAUAUGGAUUUGCGAAGUACUGGUGGUUAGUGAUUCUGGGAGGGUCGUUAUACAAUGCUAAUCUAUUAGACUUCUUAAUAUUGUAAGGAAAGUUCGUCAAAACUCAAAAGCUACAUAAAUGUAGCAAUCAGAUUCA